AUGGAGAACCAGGGCAAAUGCGUAAUCUUUAUUGCGGCGCUGUUGUUGGGGAGUUGGUGUUUGUUGGCAAACGGAGAUGACUCGGAGAAGACGAGAGUGAGGAGUGUGAGAGGGAAAAAAGAGUGUAUUAGAGGAUGGGAAUGUAAACAGUGGUCGGAGUAUUGUUGUAAUCAGACAAUUUCAGAUUUGUUUCAGACGUACCAAUUUGAGGAUCUGUUCUCGAAGAGGAAUGCCGGUUGCUCAUGCUGUUGGGUUUUGGGAUUACCAGUCUUUUAUUGCUGCAUAGACUCUUUUUCAGCAUCUUGGGUUUUGUACUACUGGAGGCAAGCUUAUGCAGAUGAAGGAACUGGCUGCGUUUUUAGGACAUGUCGGCAGCAAAACUUCUUGCUGAAAGUUUUGGAUGGUUAUUGUUCCUGGAAACUAAUCAUGGUCGGUGUUUCGAAUUAUACAAAUAACUGUGGCUAUGGAGUAGCUACAGGAGGACCGUUAACUUAUGGCCUUUGCUACAACAAGGAAAUGAGCCCUAGUCAGUCAUACUGUGGUGAUUACUAUAAAUUAACCUAUCCUUGCACUCCUGGUGCUGAAUACUACGGUCGUGGUGCCUUGCCUAUCUAUUGUUCUUUUCUUGUCGAAGUGGACGAACAAUUCUUUGUUGCUAAAACUGCAAAUACACUUCUGGGUGGAAAUAAUUUGCAGCAAGGUCUUUUAUAUGUAGUGAGAAUCUCUGACUAUAUUUGUUACUUUGAUUGA